AUGGUCGAAGAGAAAGAUAUAGCAGAUCCAGAAAAGAAUCAAAUUUCUCAUUCCGAAGACGAUGAUGAUAAUCGUGAAAGUUGGGAUAGGAAAAUUGAUUUUAUCCUAUCUUGUGUAGGCUAUGCUGUUGGAUUUGGUAACUUGUGGAGAUUUCCCUAUCUUUGCUAUGAUAAUGGUGGAGGUAAGACUAGAUAUCAUGUCAUUUCAGCGAAUACUAAUGCAAUCUCUUCUUAG